CUUUAUCUAGCCAGAUGUGGCAGAAGCAGAAUUAGCCUCUGGACCUCAUGAAGACUUUGGUGAUGGACUCCUGUGAUCUGGGGAAACAGGCAAAGUGAAGAAGAAUCUCAGUUUUUAUUUAUUUAUUUUUAAUAAAGCAAAGAAGAUGAUGCUAACAGAGAACAUCUCUGAUCAUCUACUUAAUAGUACUUCACAGGCCAACUAAGAACACAUUUUUCCAGAGUGAAUCAAAGUUGCAAAGGAAAAAAUGUUCACUUUUUGCUGGAUCCUACUAUUGUUUAUCAAAGGAGCAGAGGUUAGAGAGUUUAAUCUGACAGAGUGUCUUCAUAAAGAACCUGAAAGGAUUUAUCAUGCAAUUACUGAUGAAGAGUUUAUCUUGGAAUGUGUUUUGCCAUCCCAACACCGUACCCACAUGUACAACAACUCAUUUCUCUAUAAAAGUAAAAUGCUGUGGUUCUGGCAACAAAAAGAUGGAGAACCACUGAAGAUUAUCAGCAGUGAAAGCACUAACCCCACUCAGGAAGGGAAUGCACUUUGGUUUAGACCGAUAGGGAUUAAUGCUUCUGGAGUAUAUAUCUGUACGAUAAGGGAAGAAAUCUCAUGUCUCUCAAACGUCAUAAAGGUUCAAGCGAAGAACAAUACAAAUUGUUUGGAUAAUGGCAGAAAUGAGCUGUCUCUUCUCAUUGAAAAGGGACAUUCAAUUUCUUGUCCUGGGAUACACUGUUACAAUCAUUUACAAAGGUCACCAGUGACAUGGUACAAGAAUGGAGUUCUAGUAAUGUUUAAGGAGAUUAGACCAAGUCUAAAACUUAAGGACGAUAAAAUCAACUUGUCUCGUACCUAUGAGCAAGAUGCUGGUAUUUAUGUAUGUGAUUACAUUUUAUUUGACAACAGCAUUCAGUGGACAAUGAGACGAGUAGUUAGAGUAAAAAUCAUUGCACGAAACACUCUCCACAGCCCAAACAUCUUGUCUCCCAGUGGCAUGAAGACCCUUGAAGUAGAAGUUGGAAAACCUCUUAAAAUUGAAUGCCAAGUAUUUUUUGGCUUUGAAAGCGAUUUUUUGCCCAUGAUAACUUGGUACAGAGACAACAAAGAAAGUAAAAGUGAGCCACUUUUGCAGAACACAACACGGAUUCGUGUAGAAGAACUUGAAGGCAAAUCAUUUGUUCAUGUUGCCACACUCAGGGAAGUUACUGAAAGGGACCUGAACAGCAACUUCAUCUGCUUUGCUCAGAAUUCUGUGGGGAACUCGACAGGAGUGCUCAAGCUAAAAAGGAAGGAAAGAGCACUUUUCAUAUUCAUAUUAUAUGGUGCGAUUGCAGUUCUAGUUGGACUCCUGGUGGGCAGCGCUUUUGUUUACCAGCAUUGGAUCGAAAUAGUGCUGAUGUAUAGAAAUUACUUGGCCAAGGACGAAACUAUAGGGGAUCGCAAAGAAUUUGAUGCAUUUGUGUCCUAUGCAAAACAAGACUCCUUUGAAAGGGAUUCCACUUUUCUUAAUGAGGAACAGUUUGCCCUGGAGGUCCUUCCAGAGGUGUUGGAAAACAAAUACGGAUACAAACUGUGUCUUCUUGAAAGGGACAUUCUUCCAGGAGGAGCGUACACUGAUGAUAUCGUCACAGCUAUUCAACAAAGCAGGAGAGCUAUAAUUAUCUUGAGUCCUGGCUAUGUCAAUGGACCCAGCAUCUUUGAACUGCAGGCAGCAGUGAACUGUGCUUUAGAAGAUAACAUGCUAAAACUGAUUUUAAUUAAGUAUAAGUCGUUCCAAGAGCCAGAGUCUUUACCUGCAAUAGUGAAGAAAGCUCUUAAAAUUUUACCAGUGGUUACCUGGAAAUCUUCUAACUCUAACUCACCAAACAAACAAUUCUGGAAAUAUAUGCGAUAUCAUAUGCCAGUGAAAAAUAUCGGGGGGCUAGGGAAAAACAGUCUAAAGUUUUUUUUCCAUAGGUUAUUUAGCAUGGUUAUCAAUAGCAGAAAGGCCACUGGGAGAAGUCAGCAGACUAAGAAAUAGUGAGGUGAUUGUAGAGGAACUUCCUGUAUCUGCUACCACCUGACCACAAAUUUAAGAGCAUCUCAUUGAUAGCUGACUCUAACAUAAAGUGAAAAAAACCCAACCUCCUGUAGUGUGACAACCCUAAAGUCUUCAGUAGAAGCAAGCGGGACUGGAUGCAGCUGUGAUAUGAUGUCUUUCUUUUAUUAUUUUAUUUAAUAUUUAUUAUUUUCAGCAAAGUUGUAGCCAGAGACCCCAGUCAGAAUUUGGGCCCCAUUGGUGUAUAAACCUAAGACAAUAGAGCGAUUACAGUCCAACUGUGUAAUUAAGAAUAAUAGUAAUAAUAUCAUAAUUCUAUUUCUAACUAAUGCGCACCGUGUACACAGGCUUUCCUAUGUGAAAGGAAUUAAAAGCAUAAAGAAAUACGGAUGGGAUUUUCAUUUUUAUUUGCCUAGUUCUGCUGUCAUUAAGUCAUUGGUAAAACUCCGAUGGAUUUCAGUGGGAACAGAGAUAAGCCAAGUUUGAGCAUUUUUGAAACUCCAAUCCGACUCUUUUUUGUUUGUGUUCUUUUGCCCUGGUGCUGAUAAUAACGAUACCCCAGUUUGAAUGUCUUGC